CACCUACCACUUCCACUUCCACUCCAGUUCCAUUUCCAUUUCCAUUUCCACUUCCACUUCCACUUCCACUUCCACUUCCACUUCCACUUCCACUCCUUCAGCUAUCUACUAAUUCCUCCCUCGUUCGGCGUACAGGCUUAAGGGCCCCAGUUACAGUACAAUGUGUGGAAUUUUCGGAUACAUCAACUACCUGGUGGAGAGAGACAGGAAAUACAUCCUCGACACCCUCGUCAAUGGCCUCGCCCGCCUCGAAUACCGUGGCUAUGACUCUGCCGGUCUCACCGUCGACGGAGACAAGAAGAAUGAGGUGUUUGCUUACAAGGAGGUCGGCAAGGUGGUCAAGCUGAAGGAGCUGAUUGAGGAGUCCAAGCCCGAUAUGACCAAGGUCUUCGAUUCGCACGCUGGUAUCGCACACACCCGCUGGGCUACCCACGGCACCCCUUCCCGCCUCAACUGCCACCCCCACAGGUCCGACCCAGCAUGGGAGUUCUCCGUGGUGCACAAUGGCAUCAUCACAAACUACAAGGAGCUGCGCACGCUGCUGGAGAGCAAGGGCUUCAAGUUCGAGACGGAGACGGACACCGAGGUCAUCCCCAAGCUUGCCAAGUACCUGUUUGAGACGAACCCGUCGAUCGGUUUCACCGAUCUCGCCAAGGCGGUCAUCAAGGAGCUGCAGGGCGCGUUUGGCCUGCUGAUGAAGUCGAUUCACUACCCCCACGAGGUCAUCGCCGCGAGGAAGGGUUCCCCAUUGGUCAUUGGUGUCCGCACCAACAAGCCGAUGAAGGUGGAUUUCGUUGACGUGGAGUACGCCGAGGACACGCCACUGCCAGCGGAGCAGGCAUCCCAGAACGCCGCCCUCAAGAAGUCGAGCGUUGGAAACUUCCUGAGCGCCGGCGGAACCGCCGCUGACAAGUCGCUGCUCCGCAGAUCGCAAUCCAGGGCUUUCAUGACCGAUGACGGCGUGCCACUGCCAACAGAGUUCUACCUGUCGUCCGACCCAUCGGCCAUUAUCGAGCACACCAAGAAGGUCAUGUACCUCGAGGACGACGACAUCGCGCACAUCCACGAGGGCUCGCUCAACAUCCACCGCCUCACCAAGUCCGACGGCUCCCCCAACGUCCGCACCAUCCAGACGCUCGAGCUCGAGCUCCAGGAGAUCAUGAAGGGCAAAUUCGACCACUUCAUGCAGAAGGAAAUCUUCGAGCAGCCCGAAUCCGUCAUCAACACCAUGCGCGGCCGCCUCGACAUCGAGAACAAGAAGGUCACCCUCGGCGGCCUCCGCUCCUACAUCGAGACCAUCCGCCGCUGCCGCCGCGUCAUCUUCAUCGCCUGCGGCACCUCCUACCACUCCUGCAUGGCCGUCCGCGGCAUCUUCGAGGAGCUCACCGAGAUCCCCAUCACCGUCGAGCUCGCCUCCGACUUCCUCGACCGCCAGCCCCCCGUCUUCCGCGACGACACAUGCAUCUUCGCAUCCCAGUCCGGCGAGACCGCCGACUCCCUCAUGGCCCUGCGCUACUGCCUCGAGCGCGGCGCCCUUACCGUCGGCAUCGUCAACGUCGUCGGCUCCUCCAUCUCCCUCCUCACCCACUGCGGUGUCCACGUCAACGCCGGCCCAGAGAUCGGCGUCGCCUCCACCAAGGCCUACACCUCCCAGUUCAUCGCCAUGGUCAUGGUCGCGCUCUCCCUCUCCGAGGACCGCGCUUCCAAGGCCGCGCGCCGCGAGGAGAUCAUGGAGGGUCUUGGGGGUGUGAGUGCACAGAUCAAGGAGAUUCUCAAGCUCGAUCAGCCCAUCAAGGAGUUGUGCGCGCGCACGUUCCAGGGGCAGAACUCGCUCCUGCUGCUUGGACGCGGAAGCCAGUUCUCGACUGCGCUGGAGGGCGCGCUGAAGAUUAAGGAGAUCAGCUACUUGCAUUGCGAGGCGGUUAUGUCGGGGGAGCUGAAGCAUGGGGUGUUGGCGCUGGUGGAUGAGAAUUUGCCGAUUAUUAUGAUUUUGACGAGGGAUAAUAUUUUUGCGAAGUCGUUGAAUGCUUAUCAGCAGAUCAUCGCCCGUGCCGGCAAACCAAUCGUCAUCUGCAACCCCGACGACUCGGAGUUCCGCGAGGACAAGUGCGAGAAGAUCGAGAUCCCCAAGACGGUGGACUGCCUCCAGGGCCUGCUGAAUGUCAUCCCGCUCCAGCUCAUGGCGUACUGGCUUGCGGUUGCCGAGGGGCUGAAUGUGGAUAUGCCGAGGAAUUUGGCGAAGAGUGUUACUGUUGAGUAGAUGCUGUUGUCUUCUCUAGAUUUGGGAGAUGGAGGUGGUGAGGGUGUCUUUUUUGCGCGUUUAAGGAUAUGUAGGCACUGGCCGGGCAACGCUUUUUGUUGUGUUGUUUUUCUUUUGCUUUUUAUGGAAAACCUUGGGGGUUUGCGUUGGACUGGGACGGAUGGCGGCGACAAGGGUGGGGUUGUUUAUUUGCUUGACUUCCCGUGUUUUUGUUUGUGUGUCGAUGGUAGAGGGGGG